AUGAUGCAACCUUCCAAUGUUGAUUUCCAGAACGCGAUGUAUAACGAAGUCUAUAGCCGUCGCAUGCUUCCUCUACCGUACGACCCAGCGCUCCGCGGCCUUCGCAUCACUAAUAUCUUCCGCGUGGCCAACCUUCGCGUCCAAGCCGUGGGUAUCUCACAGAUCCGGACAAUUUUGCUGAGAUCAUGCAACUUACGUCCCGGUGGGUUCGGCUUUGAUUACCGCGCCGACCGCGUACUCGUUACUCGUCUGGAGCGUAUCGAGCACGUCGUGCACAUCCACGAAACCAGUGGCCCUAUUCUCUCUUACCGAUGGCACUGA